AUGCCGCCUCCAUUCCCAUCCUCUCGGGAUCGUAUGACUGCGAACCCGCAAAGGCCACAACGCUACCGACCGGGAAAACCAAUUGUUGAAGAACAAUCUUCUGAGGAAGAAGAUGACGACGAAGACGAAGUUAAUAAUGAGGAAGAACAACGAAGAGAACGUGAGAGGUUACGGCGGGAACAGCGGAGAGCCCCUCCGCCGAAAGCGACAUCCUUCCCGGCCGGCUCCACAUCGAAAAUCACAAGCGGAGUGCAGGGUGUGAAAUUAGAUGGGGAAAGCGAGGACGAAGCAGGCUUCGUCACCGAAGAGGAAGAGGAAGAGGGAGAUGUGAAAAAGGUGCCAGGACGUCAAGCGCAUCCAGCGGGCGAUCAAGUCAGUGGAAGUGAGGAUGAGGAAAGUGAAGAAAGCUCCGAAGUGGAAGAGGAAUCAAGCUCGGAAGACGAGACUCCGAAGCGGCUAUUGCUUCGACCUACUUUUAUCAAGAAGAGUCAACGGAAGGAAUCUUUGACUCCGGCUGCCGCCUCUGCAGAUCCAGGUGUAGAAGACGCAGCUGAAAGCGCUCUAAGAAAGGAGAAAGCGGACCUUUUAAUUCGGGACCAACUAGUGAAAGAGGCAGCAGAGCGGGCCGCGGGGAAGAAAUCGUGGGACGAUGAUGAGAACGUUGAAGGUGAAAACGAAGAGCAAAUAGACGAUACUGAUGGGCUUGACCCGGCUGCUGAAUUUGCCGCAUGGAAACUUCGAGAGCUGAAACGUGUCAAGCGCGAACGAGAAGCCAUCGAGCAGGCGGAGAAAGAGCACGAGGAGAUCGAGCGUCGUCGAAACCUCACCACGGAAGAGCGAGAACGCGAGGACCGCGAGUUCCUUGCGCAACAAAAAGAAGAACGCGAAGCCGGAAGGGGGAAAGCUGGAUUUAUGCAACGAUAUUUCCAUAAGGGACGAAGUAUCGAGAUCUCAAGACGGAGGAUACAGGGCGCUGGGGGGUAG